AUGCAACAACCUAGAGAAACUCAUUGGUUAGCAACCAAACGGGUUCUUCGAUAUCUACAGGGCACUCAAAACUAUGGGCUUAAAUACUCCAAGAUAUCAAAAUUUUCUUUGCUUAGUUAUUCAGAUUCAGAUUAUGCAGGUGAUAUGGAUGAUGGAAAAUCUACAUCUAGUUACUUAAUGUCUCUUGGUUCUGCUGUAAUCUCUUGGAAAUCUAAAAAACAACCAGUCCCAACUCUCUCUUCUGCAGAAGCAGAAUAUAUAGCAGCAUCUGAGGCAACUAGAGAAAUCUUAUGGCUUCGAAGAAUUCUUGCAGAUUUGCAGGCACCACAAGCUUCUUCCACACCACUCUUUAUUGACAAUCAAUCUACUAUAAAAAUGGCUAAGAACCCAGUGUUUCAUGAUCGUACCAAACAUAUCAACACCAAGUUUCAUUUUAUUCGGCACUAUGUGAAAGAUGGCAGUAUCUCCCUUCAAUAUUGUGCUACUAUAGACCAACCUGCAGAUAUACUUACCAAAGCAUUGGGUCAUGUUAAGUUUGAAAAAUUUCGUGAAAUGAUUGGUUUAACUCCUUCAGAUUAA